AUGCCUAGUACCAAUGGAGCCAGCAAGAAGUGCAGUGUCCUGUUCGUCUGUCUCGGCAACAUCUGCCGGAGCCCCACUGCAGAGGCAGUCUUCAAGAAGGUAGUGGAGCAGGCAAACGAGCAAGAUCAGUUCUUGAUCGAUUCCUGUGGGACAGGGGGUGGCAAUCCUGACUGGUACUCGUGGUCAUACCACACCGGCGAUCCAUCGGACAGGCGCAUGAUUGCAUCUGCCAGCAAGCGCAAUGUCCAUCUCACAUCCCGGUCCCGGCCGCUCACUCCUGAGGACCUGCAGAACUUUGACUACAUCUUGGGCAUGGACUAUGAGAACAUUGCGGCCAUUCAAGUGGCUGCAGACUACUGGGCAUCAAAGGGCAAGACCGUCCCAAAGGAUUACAGAUCAAAGGUGCAAUUGAUGUGCAAGUACCUUGACAAAGAUGGAGCCUUCAAGGGCAUCACAGAAGUGCCGGAUCCUUACUAUGGUGGUACCAAAGGUUUUGAGCUGGUACUUGAUCUUCUAGACGACGCCUGCGAGGGCCUGCUUACUCACAUCAGAGAGCGUGAUGUUGCCAAGGUGGCUGCUUCAUGAGCGCUUUGGACAAGUACAUUGUCAAUGAUCCGGAGGAGCACCAUGCUAAUAUUUGACAAUUGGUAUGGCCCAUGCAAAUUUUAGUAUUCUGCAAUUCUUCAGCAACUCCUCAGCAAUGCGAUCAGUAUUGUAGCAUAUUUUGCAGUCAUUCUGGAGACUACAGAAAAGACACUAGACAUGCAAAUUGCAUGAUGAUAUAAUGAAACAUUGCCAACAUUUGAAAUUUUUAUCGAGAGACAGACUUUGGGCGUUCGUUAAGCAGCAGGACACAAAACAAGGUUUCAAUGCAGUCACCGACUCGAUAGCCAUCAUGGGUACUGAUAUACAUAUGCUACACACACUUACCAGCUGCAGACUGGCUUCUGGCAAUUGAUCAAUCCAACUCAUGCGCUGUUGUUCAGGCUGUUGAUCCCGUCCCUGGGAAGCUUAUGCAUGCACAGAGGUCCCUCCUAUCUCCAUGUCUCACACCCUCACUCCUCGGGGGCGCUAUAGAAGAAAACAGCGGCUGCCGGAUCCCCCAA